AUGGACAGAGACACUGGCCUCAACCAUGCAAAUGGCACCUCUCAGCAACAUCAAGACACGGAGUUGUUCUCCACUGAAGAAGACAGCAGCCUCUACUUCACCUACAGUGGAGGGUGCAACGAGCUGGAGGUCAACAACCUGCACUAUCAGGUGGACACAGCGGCUCAGAUCCCCUGGUAUGAGAGGUUGUCAGAGUUCAAGUUGCCAUGGGAGAUAAAAGGAAACAAGCAGACAGCCAUCAACAAGCUCAGCCUCCGAGUCCGCAGUGGACAGAUGCUGGCUAUCAUUGGCAGCUCAGGUUGUGGUAAAACAUCUUUGCUGGACAUAAUAACAUGUCGCGAUGAGGGCGGUACGAUGGCGUCUGGUCAGGUUCUGAUCAACGGGAAGCCCAACACGCCCCAGCUGGUGAAGAAGAGCAUCGCUCAUGUCCGCCAAGACGACCGCCUUCUUCCUCACCUCACUGUCCGUGAGACUCUCGUCUUUGUGGCCAAACUGAGGCUCCCCACCCACUUCACACAGGCUCAGAGGGAGCAGAGGGUGGACGACGUCAUCGCAGAGCUGCGGCUGCGACAGUGUGCUCACACCAGGGUGGGAAACGACUUCGUGAGGGGAGUUUCCGGAGGAGAGAGGAGGAGAGUCAGUAUAGCAGUCCAACUUCUCUGGAACCCUGGUAUUUUGAUCCUGGAUGAGCCCACGUCAGGUUUGGACAGCUUCACGGCCCACAACCUGGUGAUCACACUGUCCCGCCUGGCCCGGGGAAACCGUCUGGUCCUGCUGUCAGUCCACCAGCCCCGGUCAGAUAUCUUCCAGCUGUUCGACCUCGUCGUCCUGCUGUCGUCGGGUUCGGCCGUUUACUGUGGCGCUGCUCGGGACAUGGUACCUUACUUCACUGCCCUGGGAUACCCCUGCCCGCGAUACUGCAACCCCUCUGAUUUCUAUGUUGACCUGAUCAGUAUAGACCGGCGCAGUCUGGACCGAGAGGCCGAGUGUUUGGAGCGGGCCUUAGUUCUGGCUGAGCAGUUUAUGGAAAAGGUGCGAGACACAGAGGAUCACAUGUGGAAACCAGCUGGGACCGACAUGCCACCAACUGAAAGCCCUCAGCAGCUGAGCACGAUAAAAAAAGAGGAAGUGAUCACAGUUUCCAAGCAAAGAGACAGACUGCCUGGCAAACUACAACAAUUUACUAUCCUCAUCAGGCGUCACAUGUACAAUGACUACAGAGACCUGGUCACCUUAUUGGUCCACGGUUUCGAGGCCCUUCUCAUGUCACUGCUGGUCGGUUUUCUCUACUACGGGGCGGGACAAGAGCAUCUGUCCAUCCGAGACACCGUGGCCCUCCUCUACAUGAUCGGAGCUCUCACCCCAUUCGCUGUGGUGCUGGACGUCAUAGCUAAAUGUCACACAGAGCGAGCCAUGCUCUACCACGAGCUGGAGGACGGCAUGUACUCAGUCACCUCCUACUUCUUUGCUAAGGUCCUGGGGGAGUUACCCGAGCACUGUGUGUUCACCUUGGUGUACGGCCUGCCCAUCUAUUGGCUGGCCGGGCUCAACGAGGCUCCGGAGCGUUUCCUGCUCAACUUCCUGCUGGUGUGGCUGGUGGUUUACUGCAGCCGAGCCAUGGCUCUGUUUGUCGCUGCUGCGCUGCCCACCCUGCAGACCUCUGCCUUCAUGGGCAACGCCUUGUUCACGGUCUUCUAUUUGACUGGAGGUUUUGUCAUCAGCCUGGAGAAUAUGUGGCUUGUGGCCUCAUGGAUCUCUCAUGUCUCCUUCAUGCGUUGGGGCUUUGAGGGAAUGCUGCAGGUGCAGUUCAGAGGCGCAAAGUACCCCAUCAUCAUCGCAAACAAGACCGAGUUUUUUGACGGCAUUUACGUGGUGAAGGCCAUGAACAUGGACCAGUACCCUCUGUACUCCUGCUAUCUGGUCCUGCUGGCAGUCUGCCUAGGCUUCAUGGUGCUCUAUUACUUGUCCCUAAAAUUCAUCAAACAGAAGUCCAGUCAAGACUGGUGA